AUGGAAAAUGUAUGCGAGCAGUGCGCUAAACCGGUUCAAGCCGAUGGGGAUCAUGUCAAGUGCAUGGGUUUCUGUGACCAACUCGUGCACGCCAAAUGCGCUAAAAUGAACGCGGCUUUCUUGAAAGUUCUACGUGAACGUAAAAACUUGCUUUGGAUGUGUGACGAGUGUGUCAAGCUUAUAAAAAUGACUCGCUUCAAAGGGGUAAUGUCAUCGGUGAGCUGCGCAGUCUCAUCGAUUGCUAGCAGCCAUGGCGAAGCUGUUGGCGAAUUGAAGCAAGCCAUAUUAGUCAACGGCCAACGCAUAGAACAGCUUUCGAAGAGUGUUUCUGAAGCCGCCACUACGCCCCUUACGUCAAGAUACGCGACUGCAGAACCGCCGAAAAAACGACGCCGCGAGGAGCGUAUAAUGGGCAGCAAACCACUUCUGGCCGGUACAAAAUCUUCCACCUCGCAAACCGUGUUAACCGUUUCCCCUCCGAAAAAAUUGUUUUGGCUUUACCUCUCCCGAAUACGCCCCACUGUGAAGCCCGAAGCAAUCCUUGAGCUUGUGCAAGAUUGUGUGCAGAGCAGUGGUGAUCCGAUUAAGGUGAUUCCACUGAUAAAAAAAGAUGCCGACCUGAACGCUAUGAACUACAUUUCGUUCAAAGUCGGUAUGGACGAAAAGUACCGCGACAUUGCGCUUGAUACGGGUACAUGGCCCCACGGCUUACUGUUCAGGGAAUUUGAAGGCACCAGCGUAAAAAACUACUGGGCACCAUCUAUACCUCGAGUAUCACCAUCCACUCCACGAAUAGAGAUAACCCCAGCGAGCAAUCCACCGUCAUCCAUCAUAGAUCCGGGACCGUUGGAAAUAGGUUCCUAG